AGGUGCACUCGAAUUUUGCUUGACUUGUAUAUUGCUCUAACCGCUCACCCUCCAGUCACCUUCUGACUCAUUCCCCAAAACUUACAAUGAGUUACGUCGCUAAGGGAGAAAAGGAAUACGACGCCACGGGUGCCCCCGUCCCCGGCGUGAAACUCCACAAAAUUCGUAUCACGCUCACCAGCAGCAACGUCAAGAACCUCGAGAAGUUCUCCACCGACUUGAUUAACCGUGCCAAGGACAAGCAGCUCCGUGUCAAGGGCCCCGUGCGUCUCCCGACGAAGGUCCUCCGCAUCAGCACCCGCAAGACUCCUUGUGGUGAGGGUUCGAAGACCUGGGACGCGUAUGAGCUCAAGGUGCACAAGCGCCUGAUCGAUUUGCACUCCUCGAGCGAGAUCGUCAAGCAGAUCACCAGCAUCAGCCUGGAGCCUGGUGUCGAGGUCGAGGUUACCAUCUCCGCUUAGAUUUGGUUGCUUGUCUCGGUUCUUUACGCUGCAUGCGGUGUGACUAUGAUAUGCUCAUUUUAUGCUUGCAUGACGAUUUACUCGCGCUCUUGGUUCGAUUGUUUGUCGGUUCAUCAUUGACACGAAGUGCGCAAGGUCGCGAAUUGGCUGUGAGAUGAUUACGUUAGAGCACAUAGAACCGCAGGAUACACAACUGAUAUAUACGCGAAGUUGCAGAGCGUACGACAUAAUAGCGAUAGCGGUAAGUAGCAGAGAGUACUUAGAUAGUUAGUCACUUAUAUACAGGGCGAAUUACGGUCGAUACAGACGAGAUAGCAUUCACAGACGAGAAGAACAGCGAGCGAGCGAGCGAGGACAUGUACGUGGAUGACAUGCAGAGUGGGCAAAGCGCACAGUUGGAGAUAGAAAACGAAUGAAAGAAGACCCUAGUACCAGUUCAUGAGAUGAGGGUUUGAGUCCGGGGCCGGGAAAUCGGUGCUUCCUCUCGUUGGGAAGUCACCACUCGGAAUCGGUGGCCGAUGGAGAGCAGACGUCGCAACGGCAUAUUGAGCAGCGGCUGCAGCCAAGGCAGGA